AGAACAACUAUCACGGUUAUUUUAUUUAUUUUGACCACGUCAACACGCCUAGUCAACCACAUCACAUAACCACCAUGUUGUCCCUUUCCCGUGCUGCUCUUCAAGCCAAGAGGCCAAUUGCCCAGGUUGUUGGUAGAUCACUUGCUCUUCAAUCAACCCCAUCCUUCAACAAGAUCAGAAGUGAAUUGGCCUUCCAAAGAUUUGCCUCUUUCACCGUCAAGGUUCCAGACAUGGCUGAAUCCAUUACCGAAGGUACUCUUUCUGCCUACACCAAGGCCGUUGGAGAUUUCGUUGCUCAAGAUGAAACCAUUGCCACCAUCGAAACCGAUAAGAUUGAUGUUGAAGUCAAUGCUCCAGUCUCCGGUACCAUCAGUGAACUUUUAGUUGAAGUUGAAGAAACUGUUGAAGUUGGUCAAGAUUUGAUCAAGAUUGAAGAAGGUGAAGCUCCAGCCGGUGGUGCCGCUCCAGCCAAGGAAGAAGCUCCAAAGAAGGAAGAAGCUGCUGCUCCAAAGAAGGAAGAAGCUGCUGCUCCAAAGAAGGAAGAAGCUCCAGCCCCAAAGAAGGAAUCUCCAGCUCCAAAGAAGGAAGCCGCCCCAAAGAAGGAAGCCAAGGAAGCCGUUUCUUUCACCAACUUUUCCAGAAACGAAGAACGUGUCAAGAUGAACAGAAUGCGUUUGAGAAUUGCUGAACGUCUUAAGGAAUCCCAAAACACUGCUGCCUCUUUGACCACUUUCAACGAAGUCGACAUGUCCAACAUCAUGGAAAUGAGAAAGCUUUACAAGGAUGAAUUCUUGGACAAGACCGGUAUCAAGAUGGGUUUCAUGGGUGCCUUCUCCAAGGCCUGUACUCUUGCCAUGAAGGACAUUCCAGCUGUCAAUGCUGCCAUUGAAAACAACGACACCAUGGUUUUCAGAGACUACACCGACAUCUCCAUCGCUGUUGCCACUCCUAAGGGUUUGGUGACCCCAAUCGUCAGAAACGCUGAAUCUCUUUCUAUUUUGGAAAUUGAACAAGAAAUCUCCAACUUGGGUAAGAAGGCCAGAGAUGGUAAGUUGACCUUGGAAGAUAUGACCGGUGGUACUUUCACCAUUUCUAACGGUGGUGUUUUCGGAUCCUUAUACGGUACUCCAAUCAUCAACAUGCCACAAACUGCCGUUUUAGGUUUGCAUGGUGUCAAGGAAAGACCUGUCACCGUUAAGGGACAAGUUGUGUCCAGACCAAUGAUGUACUUGGCCUUGACAUACGAUCACAGAGUUUUGGACGGUCGUGAAGCCGUUGUCUUCUUAAGAACCGUUAAGGAAUUGAUCGAAGACCCAAGAAAGAUGUUGUUGUUGCAAUAGAUGGGAUAUGGUAAUUGAGAUCCUCUAUAGAAGAAUGUAGAAUACAUGUUAAGAAUAAGAAGAAA